GGUCGGGUCUGCUCGGCCCGGACCGGCCCUGCCCUGUCCAGCCUGAUCCUGCCCGGCCUUGCUCUGCCCGGACUGGUCCUGCCCUGUCCAGCCCGGCCCUGCUCUGCCCGGCCCGGUCCUGCCCUGUCCAGCCUGAUCCUGCCCUACUCUGCCCUGCUCUGCCCGGACUGGUCCUGCCCUGUCCAGCCUGAUCCUGCCCGGCCCUGCUCUGCCCAGACUGGUCCUACCCUGUCCAGCCCGGUCCUGCUCUGCCCGGCCCGGUCCUGCCCUGUCCAGCCAAGUCCGGUCCGGUCCUGCUCUGCCCUGCUCUGCCCGGACCGGUCCUACCCUGUCCAGCCCGGCCCUGCCCAGCUCGGUCCUGCCCUGCUCUGCCCGGCCUGAUCCUGUCCUGUCCCGCCCGCUGGCCUGGGCCCGGAUCGGCCCUGCCCCCCCGCCCACCAUGGCCCGGCCGGCCCGUCGGAUCCUCGUGGCCAUCGGGCUCCAGCUCUGCGCCCUGGGCAUCGGGCUGCCCGCACAGGGUCUGGCUCUGCCGUAUGCGCCAAGAAACGAAGACCAGUGUCAGCAGGAGACGGAGUACUAUGAUCGAGAUGGGAAAAUGUGCUGCAGAAAAUGCCCACCAGGCCAGCGGGUGAUCCAGAAAUGCAGCAGGGAAGCCAACACUCUCUGUGAAGCUUGUAAUGACGGCACCUUCACGAAGCUCUGGAACCAGGUCCAGCACUGCUUAAGCUGCAACUCUCCUUGCCCUAGAGGCUUGGAGGAGAUUCAGAAGUGCACCAAAGAACACAACCGGAUCUGUGCCUGCCCCUCCGGCAAGUACUGCAAGCUGAAGUUGGGCGAGACCUGCCAACUCUGUAUCCCAUGGCGGAAAUGUUUGAAAGGCUUUGGAACAGUCAAGAAUGGAAGUCAGAAUUCGAAUGUGGAAUGUGCCCCCUGUCAAGCUGGAACAUUUUCAGAUCAGGAAUCCUUCACUGAACCUUGCAAGCCUCACAGGAUUUGUAAAUCAGUGUCCAUUCCGGGCACCAACGUAUCGGAUGCUGUCUGCAACGACUCUGCCCCUGACCUGGAUCCUGCCCCUGGCCCUGUGACCACAAAGAGACCUGCGCUCCCCAGCCAUCCUGCCCCCACCAGCUUUAGUGGGGUGGGGUGGAUCAUCUGGACCAAACCAGCCCAGAGCACCUUGCCUCCAGUCUUAGAGAAAUUGACUUACUCUCCCAUUGGGGUCUCUUCUGAGAGUCUGGCCCUGCCAGUGGGGUUGAUGCUGGGGCUGACGGUCUUUUUUCUGCUGAUCAUUGGAGCAGGCGCCUGCUUUGCCAUCUCUUGGAGAAAAAAGAAAUUGCUGCCCUGCCUCAUGGGAGAUGCCAAAAUGCCUCACUUGCCUGCUGAGAAGGGCAUUGGGCCAAAUCUACACAACGCUCCCAGCCACGAACAUGAGCAGCAGCACCUGCUACCCACUGGCAGCAUUAGCAGCAGCUCUCUGAACAGUCAAGCAGGUUCCAUGCCCGGCUCCGACUAUUCCGACCCCAAAGAAGCCACGAAGAACCAGCAGAGGUGUCCGGGACUAGAACAUUCCAAGAUCCCAGAAGGAGUCAAUUUUGGCUCCAUGAACUCAGACCAUCCCCUCAGUGGAGGGACCCACGUGAACGUGACCUGCAUCGUGAACGUGUGCAGCAGUGAUCACAGCUCCCAGUGUCCUUCGCAGACCUCAGCAGACUAUGAGAAUCCCUCCCCCGGCUCACCCUCGGAAGAGGAGAACGUCCCCUUCUCCAAGGAGGAGAGACCCUGGAAACCCAAGACUGAGCCCCAAAGCUCCCAGGGGGUGGAGGACUUGCUCCAGGAUUUGGAAGAGAAGCCGCUCCCUCUGGGGGUGCCCGAUAGAGGGAUGAAGCUGAGUUAAUGGCGGAGAUGCCCCCUGGUUCCCCAAGCUGAGGAGCUGUUGACGAUGAUCAUACUAGAGGAUCAUCUCCAGUGUUCCAAAGUUCGGGAGGAGGCAGAAGGAAUUUACGCAGCACCCUGAUGUGUGUUUUUGUUUAAAUGCUUAGAGAAUCUAGGCGCUCCCUUUUUCUAGGGGGAUUUUUUUUAUUCCUCUCUGAAAUGAUGCCCAGGUUGGGAUCAUUAAGUCUGACUUGAGCCCAGAAGUACUCCUCAUUUUCCGGCAGUCAGGGGCGAACGUCUUCAUCUGGAACUUCUCAUUUGAACCCGCUGGAGAGGAAGUUGUUUCUGCAGCCUCCCUCCUGGGCAGGCGUCACCCGUGGUGCAGUAGGGGCUCAUACCCCCUGGAGAUAUUUCUGCUGAAUGGCCCUGGACUAUAUAAUUCAGCUUUUUCAAAAAUAUCAACGAAAGGACUCUCCUGUUCUAAAAUCUAAUUAGGUUUCUCCUGCAUCUAGAAUUGAAUCAUUUCACUGUAUGAAAUGGAAUCUGCUGGUGCUGGCUGUAGAAUGACCAGCUGGACUGGUUUACUCUGCAGUCUGGUUUUCAGAUGUCCUAUCCCUGGUCCCAUAAUGUUAUAGAACUGGAUGCUUUUAUAUCCUCCUUUUUAUUUUCUGCUCCAAAUUUCCCACUGUGAGGCUCCUGUUGCCAAAUUCAGUAGCUUGGAUUUGUCACUAAGAGUUUACAUGGGUCUGGAAAUGACUCUGGAGCAAGUUGGGGGGUGGGGGGGGUGAGGGACUUUCAAGAAUUCCCCCUCAGACAUGCUCAAGGAUCACGUGAAA